UGAUAAAUUGACGAGAAAGAGAAAUUGACGAUAUACGAUAUUUUAUUAAAUAUCGCGAUAUUUUACGAUAUUUUGUCGAUAUAGUGUAUUCACCCGAUAUAUUGACAUUGCGGCCAAAAGAAUUCCCAGGAAAAAGGGGAAAAAUACAUGAAAAUACAGAGAAUUAUGACAUUCACCACUAACCAUUUUUUUUUUUUUUAACAUACCAGUAACCACAUCGGAGAAACCAGAGCAAGAGAUAGCGGAAAGAAAGGCGUCUACUUGCUUGGGCUUUCGGAAGACCGAUUCCCCGGCGAUAACCCCGUCGGCGUUGAGUGGUCAGUCCGCCGAGGUGUCUCUCUCUGUUUCUCUGGUUCACUUCGAUUAGAAUAGUAGUAGGCAGUUGCUUCGAGAGUUUUUCCUCAUCGGAGUCCCAAUGGAUUCUUCUUCUAGUGUGGCAAUAAAGUUCAGAUCUUUGCCUGUUUCGCCUCUGCUUUUCAUUCAAUUCAAUUCCCUGGCUUUCCCUGUUGAAUGUCUGCAGGCGCGGGGGGAUUCCGGCCAGCUCCUGACCUCUCUCUCAAUAAGAGCCCUGUUUGAAUUAUGGUAAGCUUUGGUGGACUUUGGCUAAAAUUUGAAUCUUGGUAUUUUGAAAUGUUCAAUGGUACCAAUUUGGUGUGUGUGGUUUUAGGAAGACAGGCAGUGCCAGUUAGCUGUUGGAUUUGGGGAAGUUGCAUUGAAGAAUGUAGCUUUGAGGAAUUAGGAGCAAUAUAGUUAAGUUCACCUGAUUGGGGUCCUUGGAUAGUUUUCGCCUUUUCGUGGAUCGAAUUGGGAAUGUAGGCAUGAGCUUGAUGAGCUUGCCAGGAUGAUAUUCUAGGACUUCCAAUGAAUGGGGACAUCUGCUUCAUUCAUAGAGAGCUGCCAAUUCGAGCUUAUGGCUUUCGUUGAGUGAUUUGUGGUUCUCUUUUGUAGGCUAUGUACAUUCGGGUUAAGCGGAUGAAGACAACGUACUUCAUUCAAUGUGAUCCAACUGAGAAAGUUCUUGAGAUUAAGCAGAAACUGAAUGUCCUCAUUGACCAACCAGUUAAUGAUCAGAGGCUGACCCAUAUGCCGUCGGGGGAAGUUUUAGAGGACUCCAAGUCAUUGGCUGAUCAGAAGGUUGAGAAUGAUGCUGUAGUGGCUCUCACCUUGCGGAAAGAUGACAACAAGUUUGAAGAAGUCAACAUUGUCCGCCCAGAUGAUUUCUGCCAGUCUCGUGAUGCAGAAGGUGGCAGCUGGUGACCCAUCAAUGGCUUUUGGCUUUAAAGAACUGCUCGGCUUUCUAAUGUGAGGAGUGUAGGUCUAGAGGUGUAGAUUUCACAUGUGAUGCCACAGGCUUGGAGGUUUGUGUGUGUUACCACUUACUUGGAAGGCAAGUUUCUGGUGAGUAAAUGAAGCAUCAAUCAUUUAGGAAGUUUAUAUACUCGAGAGUAGAGCAAUGGACAAUGUUUUGAGUUGAUUGCUAAUGAAAUCAUGGACCUAGA